AUAGCAUUGCAUUGCUAUGAGCGUUGGAAAGAGGAUGACAACCGGUCUUUCGGUUCAAGCUGGGUAUGACAAGCUCUGUUGCCUCCUGUGGUACAUACAUUUUCACUGAUCGUUCUCUCUCUCGUUGCUGCAGACAUGUUUUUGGCCAUAUACCAGGCAUUCGCGUUGGCACGCACUGGGAAUCUCGGCAGGCAUGCAGUCUAGAUCGUGUUCACGGUCCACUCAUGGCUGGCAUCCAUGGCACUAAAGAUGAAGGCGCCUAUUCGAUAGCUCUAUCUGGCUCAUAUUCUGACGAUGAAGACAAUGGUGAAACGUUUAUAUACACGGGUGCAGGGGGACGUGCACGUUAUGCCGAAGGAAAAGAUGGGAUGUUGAAGAGGCUUCGUGUGGGACCUCAGGUGGAAGAUCAGACUUGGGAUGACUGGGGCAAUCGCUCUCUCUUGGUCUCUAUGGAGACAAAGCUCCCGAUAAGAGUUAUCAGGAGCGCAAGGUUAUCAUCCAUGUAUGCUCCCACUGAAGGCAUGUAUCGGUAUGAUGGCUUAUAUAUCGUCACGAGGGCCUGGCAAGAAAAAGGCAAAGAACAUAAGCUUGUUUGCAGAUAUCAGUUCGAAAGACUUCCUGGACAACCUCCUUUGUUUGUCGCACGACGAGUAUCACCCCCCAAGCCUCUGCAAAUGGUACCUAUCGAGCGCAUUCCCAGGAAGCGCUCGCUUCCUUUUGCAGGUAACGGAAGGGACGAAGAGCCAGCGACAAAGAAGAAAGCCUUUCCUGUGACUACUCCUGUGAUCGCUUCAAAUUCGAAUUCCGGUGUAAAUGUCAAGCCAUUCAGUGUUUUGUCGACGCUCAAAUUCACCAAAGUGAGGAGUGAAAGUAGCUGAGGUGUUCUCACCACAGAGGAAGAGUAUGAAAACCCUAAAGCGUUGAGAUGGAUUUAUUCAAUGUAUUUCUAGCCACGUAUCACGCAUCACUGUAUAUGCUAUCUCGCUUUCAAAGUUACUGUAU